CAAGAACACAAAUUAUCCAUUUUGUAUCAGGUAACACAAAAUAGUCGGACGAAGAGGUAGAGAAGAUAUAUAUAUAUACAUUUAUUUAUUAGAGAGAGUACAUAUAUAUAAUGGAGAGGCUCCGGUGGAGCCGCCCCGGCUCGCUCCUCCUCGUCGCCGCGGCGUUCCUGGCGUCCGCCGCCGCGUCGAGCGCCGGCAUCGCCGACCUCGACGAGCACUGGCAGAAGCGCAAGGAGCUGGCCGAGGCGUCGGCGAGGGAGGCGUACAGGCCCGACCCCUACAACGUCACCAACAGCUUCAACAUCGCCGUCCACCGGGCGACCAGCCUGCGUCGCGAGAUGGGGGAGAAGAAGAAGAAGAAGAAGAACAAGUCCGGCGGGCCGUGCAAGGCGACGAACCCGAUCGACAAGUGCUGGCGCUGCCGCAAGGACUGGGCGACGGACCGGCAGCGGAUGGCCCGGUGCGCCCGGGGCUUCGGGCACCUGGCCACCGGCGGGCUCGGCGGCAAGAUCUACAUCGUGACCGACCCCGGCGACGUCGACGUGCUGAACCCGCGGCCCGGCACGCUCCGGUGGGGCGCCAUCCAGACGGGCCCGCUGUGGAUCACCUUCGCGCGGUCCAUGAUCAUCGAGCUCACGCAGGAGCUCCUGGUGAGCAGCGACAAGACCAUCGACGGGCGCGGCGCGCAGGUGCACAUCGCCAACGGCGGCGGCAUCACGGUGCAAUUCGCGCGGAACGUGAUCAUCCACAACCUCCACGUGCACGACGUGAAGCACACCGCCGGCGGGAUGAUGCGGGACUCGCCGACGCACACGGGCCCCCGCACCAAGGCCGACGGCGACGGCAUCUCGCUGUUCGGCGCCACCAACGUGUGGAUCGACCACAUCUCCAUGUCCAACUGCGAGGACGGGCUGGUGGACGUGGUGCAGAGCUCCACGGGGGUCACCAUCUCCAACUGCCACUUCACCAACCACAACGACGUGAUGCUCUUCGGCGCCAGCGACUCGUACCCGCAGGACCAGGUGAUGCAGAUCACCGUCGCCUUCAACCACUUCGGCAGGGGGCUCGUGCAGCGGAUGCCGCGCUGCCGAUGGGGCUUCUUCCACGUCGUCAACAACGACUACACGCACUGGCUCAUGUACGCCAUCGGCGGCAGCAACGCACCAACCAUCAUCAGCCAGGGCAACCGAUAUAUUGCACCGCCAAACAUAGCAGCCAAAGUGAUCACCAAGCACUACGCCGACGAGGGCGUGUGGAAGAACUGGGUGUGGCACACGGAGAACGACCUCUUCAUGAACGGCGCCGUCUUCCAGCCGUCCGGCGGCGCGGUCCCGAGGAAGGUGAAGAAGGACGACUGGGUCAAGCCCAAGCCAGGCUCCUACGUCACCAGGCUCACCCGCAACUCCGGCACCUUGGAGUGCAGCCCCGGCAAGCCGUGCUGAUCUGAUCGCCGGGCAGGGUCAAUCGGGAGAUAGGAGCGACCGAAAUCAUGGCUCUCUGUGCUUCUUGCAAACAUGGAAGAAAGCAAGGAUGCACGUAGAGUGGAGGGUAGCCGGGCUUUAAUUUUCUGCUAACCACUUGCCUUCAAGUUUUUCACCCCCUUUUGUGGAAUUGUUAAUAGUAGAGUUUGAUUAUUUUCAGAGAAGUAGGGGUUGUUUCUGUUCCAGGUCGUUCUAUGUAUACAGGUUGUAUUUUCUUUUUCUUUGAAAGACUAUGUAAACAGGUUGUACAACAUGAACCACUGGUGUUUGUGAUUUU